AUUAGUUUUAACAAAAAAAAACAAAAAAGUUAAAUUAAAAUUAAAAUAAAGUAGUUCCGGCCAGCAACAUAGUCCAAAUUAUGUAAAUUAUUAAAGUAUGUAAAUAAUUGUGGUUUUUAAUUCAGAAGAGAUUUGUCAAAAAAGAAAGCUGAAACAAUAUGUGAUAAAAAUUAACAAAUAUUAUAUAAGAAAAACUAUGAGAGGUAGAGAGAGAGCGGGUGUGCUCAGCAACGGGCCAUACGGACGACGGUCAGCAAGGAGGUGGGAGCCCUUCGGAAACCAAAGAUGGAUCAGAGAUGGGCGGAAGGUCGGUUCACCGGCAAGAGGGCUUAGGAAGAAGCAAGACAUUUGGGGAUGUGAUAGAGGGGUGUAUAAUCAAGCUGCAGUAUUUUUCUUCACAAAUUUCCCGGAUGACUGGAGUUAUGAAAGUAUGUGGCUCACCUUCCGGAAAUUUGGAAGAGUCUUGGCUAUUUAUUGUCCACCAAGGAAAUCGAAAUCAGGAAGAAGAUUUGGGUUUGUAAGAUUCUUAGAAGUUAAGAAUGAGGUGGAACUGGAACGAAAACUGGAUCAAAUCAGAGUAGGGACAACCAAACUCUGGGUUAACAGACCGAGGUUCAGGAUGGAGGAGGGGAGAAACAGAGGAGAUUCAAAACCAGCUGAGAGGAAUUUUGUCAAACCAGGGAGGUCAUUUGCAGAGGUUGUUAAAGGGAUCCAAGGGGUGGAUGAUAACAAAGGAAGUAACCUUCAGCAAGCUUCAAGUGCUAGAGAUAGCCAAAAAAUGCAGCAGAAGAGUAACUCGCUCAAACCACAAACGCAGGUAUGGAUCAUGAAAAAUAAUGUGCGUGCAAGUGCUGGCCUGGAGUUUAAUGUGAAAAAAGAGGACCUCCUAUGGCUGGAAGGGUGUUAUGUCGGAAUUGCACAUUCGGUUAACAUUAUCCCGACCCUGCAACAGAAGUUCUUCAUGGAAGGAUACUUUUCGUGUAAAGUAAGACCUAUGGGGGGACGUUUGGUCUUAUUGGAAGGGGGUGAUAAAGACGAGAUUAAGGACUUAGUGGAAACAACCCCGGAAUGGCUGGGGCAGUGGUUUGAGGAGGUAAAACCCUGGUCACCUUCAUCGGUUGCUCAAGAAAGGUUCGUGUGGAUUCGAUGCCAGGGUGUUCCGAUUCAUGCAUGGGGGCCUGAGUUUUUCUCAUCAAUCAGGGCUGUAUGGGGAAAGGUUAUCUCCUUAGAUGAUAGCACCAGUAAGAAGAUCAGAUUUGACAUCGGGAGAUUCCUAAUAUCCACGCCCAUUAUGGAGUUCAUCUCUAAAACCAUGCCCAUCACAGUAAACGGUAUGCCAUAUACAGUCAAAGUAAUGGAGGAAGAAGCAACCAAUGGCAUUUUUUCCAUGAAGUCCGAUCAUGUGUUCAGAGAAUUAAGUGCCUCAGAUGAUCUUAGCUCGGAAUCAUGGUCCCUAAAUAGCGAUGGCGAGGAUGUCUUUGCUGAAUCUAUUCAUGGCGGAGGAUUCUCGAAGGAGUAUGGGAGAAGUGCAGCUGGUAGGGUUGAGGAUGAUGACAUGGCAAAGGCUGAUGACGUGAUAGAUGACCAUGGAAGAGGGCAAGCAGAGAGGUGGAGGGAGAGUCUCAACGUGGACAUAACGGCUAGAAGAAAGAAUUUUGAAUUUGAAGAUGAUAUUGACAGGAUGAUGAGUGUUGAUGGUUCCAAUAUACAGGCUGAGAAGUUUUUUGAGGUAAGUGUUGGGAAAUCUCAAAAGUCUCCUAUCAGCAAGCCGGAAGAGAUGACCGAGGAGGUAGGCUAUGUACCAGAUAGCCUGAGCAUGCAAUUAAUGCAAAAUCAGGGUCAGAAUUCAAAUUGUGAAAUUGGUGAUUCGAUUGGGCCAAAGCAUCUGAAACGGGCUAUAGAGGAGAAUUGGGGCAAAGCUUGCGGGCUGGAGCCUAGAGCUGGUAUGGGAGAUGAUGAGGAUUGGGCCUCAUAUUUGGGGCCCAAUAAGGGAAACAAACCAUAUGUAGCUGGAGAUGACGUGGAGAUAAGUGAAAUGGAGAAGGAUAAGAUUGAGGAAGAUAAGGUGAAGCGGAGAAGCAGGGGUAGCUUGAUGGCCGAGGUGGAGGAGGUGAAUAGGAGAAGUAAGGGCAGCUGGGUACCGGAGGAUGAUGUGGUGAAGUUGACAAGUAGGGGAAGCGUGGUGCAUGUGGAGGUCGAGGCUAAUCGGAGAAAUUGGGAGAGCUUGAUUAACGAGGAGGAUGAGGAGUCUCGGAGCUGCAGGGGGAGCCGGAGGCCCGAGGAGGAAGAGGCGAAUCGGACAAGCAUGGGAAGCGUGAUGCAUGUGGAAAGGGAGUCGAAAUCGGGACCUGGGGGUAGUGUGAUGUCCGAAAAGGGUGAGGGGAAUCUGAGAAGCAGGGGCAUGGUGAUGUCCGAGGAGGAGGAGGUGCAUAGCGUGAAUCAGAGAAGAAAGGGUAGCUGGAGCCGGCAAGAAGACUUUGGUGAAGAAAACUCCUUUUGGCAGGGAUUCGAAAGUGAAUCGGGGCAAUUGAAAACUUGGAUGGGUAGAAAUGAGAGGAAAAUCAAGAAGCCAAAGAAGAAGAAAUCGAGGCCAUGUUCUUCGGUGUAUAAAAACUCCAGAAUUGUGGUUCAACCAAGGACAGAGAAGUUGCAGAAUAGACGGAAAAAAAACCCAGAUUUGGAGGAGAAGACUCCGGUGUUCUGUCCAGGUUCACAAAACCAGGUAGCUGGCGAAUCAAUAGCUGACAGUGGCAUUGAAAAUAGAAAUAAAUGCUUGCGGGCGGAGGGUAAAAUCAGCAAGGAAAUGAAGAUAUGGGGGUUUGCCAGAGAAAUUGGGGUUGUGGAUCGCGGAAAUGAGGAAGAAAUUUUGCAGAGGCUCGAGGCCAUGGAGGAACGUGACAGAGAAAAUUUUAGAAGAUCAAAGGCCAGUGUGGGUGGUCAUGGGAAGAGAGCAGGGGUUAGAGAAUUAGUGAUUCCGGAAAAAGUGGAGUUCUUAUCAAUUCAAGAAUCCAAAACAGAGGUCGUGGAUCAUCAACUCUGUAGAGCUCUUUGGGGAUCGGAGGAAUUCGAGUGGGUUGCCCAACCUUCAAAAGUAAGAAAUGAUCAGGAAAGGAAGGGGGGGAUGAGUUUAAGGAGAGAAAUGCCAGAGUUUAACGAUUUCAUUAAUGAAUGUGGCCUUGUUGAUUUACCAUUAAUUGGCAGAAAGUUCACCUGGUAUCAACCUAAUGGAGCCUCGAUGAGUAGGCUAGACAGAUUUCUGCUCUCAGAAGAAUGGUGUUUGAAUUGGGAUAAUGUCAAACAAUGGGGUUUAAACCGUUCACUCUCUGAUCACUGUCCAAUUGUGCUCAAAAACCAAAUUUCAGAUUGGGGCCCUAAACCAUUUCGGUUCUUUGAUGCUUGGCUGGAAUUUCCUCAGUUUAAAGGUAUUGUCACUGAUAUCUGGAAGUCUACAGUAGUAAAAGGAUGGAAUGGGUACCGUCUGAAGGAAAAAUUGAAGGAAACUAAAAAGGUGCUGAAAGAGUGGAGCAAGAAUAUGACAACAGAGAUUGACUUGGGCAUUCAAAAGAGCAUUGACUCUAUUGCCUCUAUUGAUAAAAAAGGUGAGGAGAUGCCUCUGUCGCUAGAAGAGAUUGAAGCCAGAAGGACAAACUUCCUAGAGCUAUGGAAAAAUCAAAGGAUGAAGGAAAGUAUGUGGCGCCAAAAAGCUAGAAAGACAUGGAUAAAUGAUGGGGAUGCCAACACGAAGUUUUUUCAUAGAUGUGUGAAAGGAAGAAGAAGGAAGAAUGAUAUAUCAAGUAUCCUGGUGGGGAAUCAACGACUAGAAGAUGUUAACAGCAUGAAAGACGGUGUGGCUAAUUAUUUUGAGACAUUGUUUAAAGAGGAUGUGUGGCAACGUCCAGUGCUAGAUGGGGUUGACUUCAAGAAGAUCUCACAUGAGGAGAAGGCAAUGUUGGAAGCACCGUUUAGUGAGGAGGAAGUCAGACAAGCUGUGUGGAGUUGUGAGAGCACGAAAGCACCAGGACCCGAUGGAUUCAACUUCAAAUUUGUCAAGGAGAUGUGGGGAACUCUUAAGGAUGACGUAAUGGGAUAUAUAUCUGAUUUUCACAAGCACGGCAAACUGGUUAGAGGGAUGAACUGCUCCUUCAUUGCAUUAAUCCCUAAAGUCAAUAGCCCUCAAAAAAUUGAAGAAUUCAGACCAAUCUCACUAGUUGGUGUCAUGUACAAAUUGAUUGCGAAACUGUUAGCACGUAGGUUGGCUUCUGUUUUGAAUGGGAUUAUUGGAGAGAAUCAGAUGGCUUUUGUCAGUGGAAGGCAAUUAGUUGACAGUGUAAUCAUCGCAAAUGAGAUUAUUGAUGAAGCCCAGAAAAGAAAGAAGAAAGGAUUUGUGUUUAAAGCUGAUUUUGAAAAAGCCUAUGACAAAGUUUGCUGGGAAUUCCUGGAUUAUAUGAUGCUAAGAAUGGGGUUUGGUCAAAAAUGGAAAAACUGGAUUAUCGAAUGUUUGAAGACAGCAGAAGUCUCAGUGCUUCUUAAUGGCAGCACCACCAGGCAGUUUAAGAUGCAAAGAGGUCUCAGACAAGGCGAUCCUCUCUCCCCUUUCUUAUUUUUGAUUGUGGCUGAAGGUCUUAAUGGCAUCAUCUCAUCAACUGUGUCAUUGGGGAUGAUUAGUGGGAUUGAAAUUGGGCAGUGUGGCAUGAGUGUAACCCAUCUCCAGUUUGCCGACGACACAAUUGUGUUUGGUAAUGCUUCGGAAGAAAAUAUUUGGGCUGUUAAAAGUAUCAUGAGGAUUUUUGAGAUGGUAUCAGGGCUUAAGAUUAAUUUUGGUAAAAGUAUGCUUAUGGGCAUCAAUGUUCCGGAAGAAUGGAUGACUAGGAUGUCUUGUAUUCUGAAUUGCAAACAGGGAUCCUUUCCAUGUAAAUACCUAGGCAUGCCGAUUGGGGGUAGGCGUAGAUGUAUUGCCAUGUGGAGUCCUAUGAUUGAUUCCUUCAAGAAGAAACUGGCCAGCUGGAAAAAUAGAUUUAUCUCUCUUGGUGGAAGGAUCACGCUCCUUAACUCCGUGCUAUCUAGUCUCCCUGUGUUCAUGAUGUCUGUCCACUUGCUGCCUAAAGGUUUGAUCCUUAUUCUUGAUAAAAUUCGUAGAAAUUUUCUGUGGGGGGGUGGAGAGAAUAAUAAGAAGAUCAAUUGGGUUUGUUGGGAGAAGGUAUGUAGAAGUAAAUUGGAUGGUGGGCUAGGAGUGAAGGAUCUUAGAAAGUUCAAUUUAGCGUUGCUAGGCAAGUGGUGGAGUAGACUAGCGGAGGGAGAGGAAGAUCUUCUUUAUAAGGUUAUUCGGGAGAAAUAUGGUAGUAAUGGAGGUAAUUGGUUGAAUUGGAUCGAAGAGGGGAAACAGAAAGGGUCGUUAUGGUGGAGGGACGUCUGCAGAUUAGAUUAUUCAUGCUCAAAUAGAGUUGGCUGGCUCUUAGAUGGCUUUAAACUAAAGUUGGGAGAGGGUAUCUCUGUCAAAUUUUGGGAGGAUGUCUGGAUUGAGGACAAGACACUAGCCAAUAAAUUUCCCAGACUCUUUUUGAAUUCUUUAGGCAGGACAAAGAGCAUUUCUCAAAUGGGAUUCUGGAGCAAUGGUAGUUGGAAUUGGUCAUUAGAAUGGAGGAGACCUAUCUUCUCUUGGGAAGAACACUCGAUGGCGGAGCUGUGGAGGAUGCUGCAGAAUAUCCAACCAAAUAAAGGACAAAAAGAUCGAUGGGAGUGGAGGAAUGACCAGGGUAUGUACUCAGCUAAAUCGGGUUAUCAAGUUCUAUCCAACAUCCACCAUCAGAGUAGGAACAACUUGCAUAAAAGAACUUGGUGCAGGUUAGUCCCUACAAAAAUAUGUGCCUUUGUUUGGAAAGUCCUUCAAGAUAGAAUACCCUCCAAGUGUGGUCCAAAUGCCUCCAAUGGUGGAGAACAUCGUCUGUUAGAGCUGACAAUUGCUAUGCAUUCUUUGAACAACAAGCAGCCUCCUUUAAAAAUGCAAACAUCAGGGCAGGAUGGGAUGCAGUCUGGUGUGCAACAAUCUGGUCCAUAUGGAGUGCUAGAAAUGAAAGGACUUUCAGAAACCAUGACCAAGAUGUCAAUAGGAUCUUUGAGUUGGUGCAACUGCGAACAUUCCAAUGGAUAAAAAACAGAUCAGUAGGGUACUCUUUUAAUAUAUGUAACUGG